CCAAAAUAUUUCCCCCUUUCUUCUCCUUCUCUCCUUUUAAUCAUUGUAAACUCUUUGUUCAAGAAAGAUUUACAUAUUUUCUUUAUUUGUAAAAAAAACCCACCAAAGAUAUCACCUCUUAAAAAAAGUGUCCAAAAUGUCACAAGAAAAAUUAGUCAUUGUAACCUUAGUCGUUCUUGUUGUUUUUAUGGCCAUGGUAUCGACUGGUUCAGGGGUUGGAGUGAACUGGGGUACGUUAGCUAGUAACCAAAUUCCACCUAGAAAGAUAGUUCGGAUGCUCAAGGAAAAUGGGUUCACAAAGCUGAAACUGUUCGAGGCCGAUGAAUGGAUUUUGGCGGCUCUAAUGGGGACUCAUAUUGAGGUCAUGGUGGCCAUACCCAACCGGUUGUUAGAAGAAAUGAGUGAUGAUCCUAAGGCUGCCGCUUCUUGGGUUGAAGCCAAUGUGACCAGUUACUUGUACACUGGUGGAGUCAAUAUCAGGUAUGUUGCUGUAGGAAACGAACCAUUCCUUGAAGCAUACAAUGGUGCUUAUCUACAUACUACAUUGCCAGCUCUUAAGAACAUUCAGCAAGCUCUAAAUGAUCAAGGUGUGGGGUCAAGGGUCAAAGCAACUGUCCCUCUCAAUGCAGACAUCUACUUCUCUCCUGAUUCAAACCCGGUUCCAUCUGCUGGAGAUUUCCGCGCUGAAAUCCGAGACAUAACAAUUGAGUUAGUCCAGUACCUCCAUGUCAAUGAUGCUCCCUUCACUGUCAAUAUCUACCCUUUUCUUAGUCUCUAUAGUGAUGAAUACUUCCCCUUGGACUUUGCUUUCUUUGAUGGGAAGAAUUUCAAGCCUCUUAGAGAUGGUGAUAGAGUAUACAAGAACGUAUUCGAUGCGAAUUUUGACACCCUUGUUGCAGCCUUAAACAAAGCAGGUUUUCCUGACACGAAGAUCAUAGUUGGAGAAGUUGGUUGGCCAACUGAUGGUGACAAACAUGCCAACAUAAAAAACGCCAAAAGGUUCAAUCAGGGAAUGCUGCAGCAUGCUCUGAGUGGGAACGGAACCCCAGCUCGGAAUGGCAAGAUAGAGAUUUAUCUGUUUAGUCUCAUUGAUGAGAAUGCCAAGAGUGUUGAGCCUGGGAACUUUGAGAGGCACUGGGGGAUAUUUGAGUAUGAUGGGAAGCCAAAGUAUGGGCUUGACUUAUCUGGGUCAAGGAAAAAUAAAGGAUUGGUGGCUGUGGAUGGAGUGGAAUAUAUGCUGAAAAGGUGGUGUGUUCUGAACUCAGAUAUCAAAUACUUGGAUGAAUUGCCAGAGAACAUUGAUUAUGCUUGUAGCUUGUCAGAUUGCACUGCUUUGGGUUAUGGAUGUUCUUGUAAUAAUCUGAGUGUGCAUCAGAAUGCUUCUUAUGCUUUUAACAUGUACUAUCAGGUCAAUGGCCAGAUUAGGUGGACCUGUGAUUUUUCUGGUUUGGCUAUGGUGACAGAUGAGGACCCUUCUGUUGGGGACUGCCAGUUUCCUGUGAUGAUUGCUUAUGGUUCUUCAUUGCAAAGGGGACUGUCAGAAAAGGUUAUGAGAAUUGUUGGCCUAUUUACUUUGUUAAUCAUUUUGCUAUGAUUU